UAGUUGCAGAGAGGAAAGCUUUUGAAGUUUCAUCUGUUUCUAUAUAUUUUGAGCUGACACCAAAUUAUAAAGAAAUCACUCUCUAAAUUCUCAUAGAGGAAACACAAAUUCAAAGAUUGUGGCUGACGUUAUCAUUCUCCGCCUAUAUAUACAUACACACACAAAUAAUCUUCGACUACUAUAAGCAAACCAAGAUUUGUUUACAAGAUCAAAACGAAGAAAAAUCAACAAUGGAUAUUUUGUGGUUUAAGGCGGGGUUCCACGCCAUGGCGCCGCCGCCUAUCGCCGCCGCCUCCGAGAUCCGCCUUAGCGACAGGCCGUCGGUCUCGGCGGCCCAGCCUAAGAAUUCGCCCUGGGGUUUCACUUUCCGGCACCCCCUCAGAUCUCUGUGGCCCGGCGCCAAAAGCCGGUUUGAACCGGCGAUCUCGGCCGACGACGCCGUUUUGGUUGAAGAGAGGGAUGAAGUUAGAGAAACGGAGGAGGAUGAGGGGCGGAAUGGGAAUGGGAAUGGGAAUGGGAAUGGGAAUUGGGUUUUUAAGAUUUUACAUGUUAGAUCUCUGUGGAAAGAGAGGGAUAGUAAACACGGCGAUCUGGCCGAGGAGUUGGGGGUGAAAUUGGAAGAAGACGGCGGGGAUUGCGGUGGAGAGGAGGAAGGAUGCGAUGUUUGCGACUAUGAUGAUGAUGAAGAGAAGAUUGAAUUUGAUAGGGAAUCGUUUUCGAAAUUGCUGCGGAAGGUGCCCCUUGCUGAAGCUAGGUUUUAUUCGCAGAUGUCUUAUUUGGGGAGUUUGGCUUAUUCAAUAUCACAAAUCAAGCCAGGACAUUUUCUGAGACACCACGGACUAAGGUUCGUGACUUCAUCCUUGGAGAAGAAGGAACAAGCGUUGAGAGUCGAGAAGGAGAAGAUCUCGGCUGAAGAAGAGCAAACAGGACUAACGAGUUCAGCUGAAGCUGAGGAUGUUGAAUGCCAUGGAACAGAGAGUGUAGAUGCUGGUGAGGCGAAGGGUGAUGAAAUAAGACCAUCUGCUGCCUAUCAAAUUGCAGCCACAGCGGCUUCCUAUCUGCAUUCGCAUACCAGAAGCAUUCUCCGUUUGAAGUCAUCCAAAUCAACUGUGGAUGACGAGGACCUGGCUGAGGAACACAUGAAUGAGGAUGUGGCUUCGUUGAUGGCAACCACAGACUCGGUGACUGCAGUUGUUGCUGCGAAGGAGGAAGUAAAGCAGGCCGUUGCAGAUGAUCUCAACUCAAUUAAAUCCUCACCGUGUGAGUGGUUUGUUUGUGAUGAUGAUCAAAACGCCACGAGAUUCUUUGUCAUACAGGGGUCGGAGUCCAUGGCUUCAUGGCAAGCUAAUUUAUUGUUUGAGCCUAUUCAGUUUGAGGGUCUGGAUGUUCUCGUGCACAGAGGUAUCUAUGAGGCUGCAAAAGGGAUUUAUGAGCAAAUGCUGCCUGAAAUCCGCGAGCAUCUCAAAACUCAUGGUGAAUGUGCUAGAUUCCGUUUCACAGGGCACUCACUUGGUGGGAGUCUGUCAUUGCUCGUAAAUCUCAUGUUGCUGAUAAGGGGCGAAACACCUCGUUCUUCUUUACUUCCUGUGAUAACUUUUGGGUCGCCAUCGAUCAUGUGUGGUGGGGAUCGCCUGCUGCGCAAUCUGGGGCUGCCUCGACAUCAUGUCAAGUCCAUCACAAUGCACCGGGACAUCGUUCCAAGAGCUUUCUCGUGCAACUAUCCCAAUCAUGUUGCUGAAUUUCUCAAGGCUGUGAAUGGGAACUUCCGUAAUCUUUCAUGCCUCAACAAACAGAAGCUGUUAUACACUCCAAUGGGGGAUUUCUUGAUUCUCCAACCCGACAACAAAUUCUCGCCCAGCCACGACCUCCUCCCCUCAGGCAGCGGCCUAUAUCUGCUUACCUGCCCGGAAGCAGACGCUGGCGAGGCAGAGAAGCAGAUCCGAGCCGCGCAAACCGUGUUCUUGAACUCGCCCCACCCACUCGAGAUCCUAAGCGACCGUGCUGCAUACGGAAACAGUGGCUCCAUCCAACGAGACCACGACAUGAACUCUUACUAUAAAUCCGUCAGAAACGUCAUCCAGCUUGAGAUCAAGCGCAUCAGGAAGGCGAGGAGAGAGCGCCGCAGGAAAGCCUGGUGGCCGCUCCUUGCACCUGGCGGGAUCAAUGCCGGAAUCAUCGUUACUAGGCCGGGAAGCAUGGUCGGGAGGGGGCAGCUGAACUUUGCCGGUGUUGUUCACACAGGACGCGAAUCGUUGAAACGGUUUAGUCGGUUGGUUGCCUCUCAACAUAUGCAUCUGGUUGUGGUGUUCUUGUUUCCUGCUAAAUUGCUGAUAUUGGGAGCCUCUGGUUUGGUCAAAUUCAAUUGAUUAAAAACGGUUUUUGCAAACUUUUUGGUGAUGAUUUUUCACAAGGGUUUGCAAUAAUACUAGAAUUAGAUGAUUCUUUAUUCAUUUUGCCAGUGGAUUGGCAAUAAUCUUGGUUUGCAGUGGGAAAUUGCAGACUGCAGUUAGAUUAUGGAAAAAUGUACACGAUCAUUAUUCAUAUAUAUAAAUAUUAUUUAUGUAUAAAUUUAUAAUUA